AUGCAAACUAUGAAGUUGGUGAAGCCGGAGGAGAGAUACCGGUUCUCCGAGCUGUUGUGCAUGUUCAAAGCAUGGGCUGCGAUGGGAGCCACUGGAGUGGUUGCGCUGAUCUUUGGCCUGCUGACUGUGGUUUAUUUUCAAGACCUCAUCACGAUGGUCAUUCACAAGGAACUUGAGAUGAAGAACGGGUCGGAGCCUCUAGAAUUGUAUUUAGAGCCUCCUGUGGAACCAAUUACGAAGGUUUAUUUUUUCAAUUUGACGAAUGCCGAGAAGACGCUAAGUGGUGACAUUCCGAUUUUGGAAGAAGUCGGUCCUUACGUUUACAGGGAAAAAUGGGAGAAAGUGGUGGACAAGUUCGAUGACAAGAACAAAACAGUGACUUUCAGGCUCAAGACAAUCAAGUAUUUCAUGCCACGUGAGUCUGCUGGGAAAGAA